AUGACGGUCUCAGUGAUUCCCACCGCGGCACUAGCAUGUCUUCUUCUGCUGGCCAUCUACAAGUUCGUUCUUCAUCCCUUGUUCUACCACCCUCUCCGCCACAUCCCACCAGCCCACUGGUCGGUUCCAUUCUUCGGAGAUCUCUGGAUAACAUACCAGCGCUACCGGGAACGUAACAAUGCUGUCACCUACGCCGCACAUCUCAAGCGUGGGCCCGUUGUUCGGAUGGGGUUGAAUGAGCUCAGUGUCAAUUGCGUGGAAAAUGGCAUCCGAACUAUUUACGCCGGAGGGUGGGAGAAACACGCUUGGUAUCCCCAGCGCUUUGGCAGCUACGGCGUCAUGAACAUGUUUUCUACAAUCAAGCAUGGUCCCCAUAGCCAGAAGAAGCGCACUAUGGCCAAUAUCUACAGCAAGUCGUACAUUGCCUCAUCACCGCAAGUAUCUGCGACCUCCCAUACACUUUUCUCAACACGCUUCUUGCCGCUCCUUCAGCACCUGUCCGAUACCGCGGAGCCUACUGAUGUCCAUGAGAUGAACAAUGCCAUGACUAUGGACUUCAUGUCAGCCUACCAGUAUGGUCUCCAGGCCAGCACAAACCUGACUCAGGACGUGGCUACCAGGAAGAAGAUCAUGCACGAGUACCACUGCCGGCGAGAUUAUGAGUUCUUUUCCGCCGAAAUGCCCUGGAUCAAAAAUCUCACGAGAAGGCUCGGAUUUCCCGUCGUUCCGGGCUUCGUGGAUGAGGCAAAUCAAUAUCUUGAGGACUGGAAUGCAAACAUGUGCCGAGCGGCUGAAAGAUACCUCUCUGAGUCGGCAAGUGGGACCGCUGCAUGGCCAGGCGAUGAACCGAUAGUGUACAAGCAGUUUAAAACUGGACUUGCAGCGUUGCGUGAGAAGGAUCCGAUGGCAGGAAAGUCUACAUCGGAUGUGCUGCUUCCCACAAUUCGACACGAAGGUCUCCAGAAAGAUGAAAAUGACACUACUACCGCCGAGAUCUAUAGUGAAAUGCUUGACCAGCUGGGUGCUGGGCACGAGACCUCGGCCAUUGCUCUCACCUACCUCUACUGGGAAAUGUGCAAGCAUCCAGAGCUCCAAAAACAACUCCAUGAGGAGCUAAUGACGUUGAACCCUCCCGUCAAAUGGCCGUUGCCCGUGGGCUUGGAUCUGAAGGACUUCCAGCUACCUGAUCCCAAGCAGAUCGACGCAUUACCGUUGUUGCACGCCAUCGUUAUGGAGGUACUCAGGCUGCACACACCGAUUCCAGGCAUUGAGCCAAGGAUCUCUCCUCAUGUCCCUGGUGGUAGCACACUCGGGUCUUAUUCUGGUAUUCCGGGAGGCGUGCGUGUGUCAGCUAUGCCAUAUAGCCUGCAUCGCAACGAAGCCGUUUUUCCAGCCGCCGCAACGUUCAAGCCGUCACGUUGGUUUCCUUCGCAGACUACCGAAGAGCACCUCAAAGAGAUGCACCGCUGGUUCUGGGCUUUUGGCUCCGGUGGGCGGAUGUGUAUCGGUAGUCACUUGGCGACGCAGGAGAUUAAAUUGCUCGUUGCCGCAAUCUAUUCCAAUUGGACAACAGAGAUCGUUGACGAUGAAGGAAUUGAAGAGGUUGAUGCCUACACGACGAAGCCGAAGAGCAACCGUCUCAUUCUGCGCUUCAGGCACCUAUAA